AUGUCCGGAAUAAGAACAAUCUCGUCGUCUUCGGGAAAUGUUAAGAGCUACGACUCGAUCAUGAAGAUUCUACUGGUGGGUGACUCCGGUGUGGGAAAGUCUUGUUUGCUGGUGCGUUUCGUGGAAGACAAGUUCAGCCCUUCCUUCAUCACCACCAUCGGGAUCGAUUUCAAAAUCAAGACCGUCGACAUAAACGGAAAGAAGGUGAAGUUGCAGCUGUGGGACACCGCGGGUCAAGAACGGUUCCGGACCAUCACCACGGCAUAUUACCGUGGUGCCAUGGGUAUAAUACUUGUCUACGACGUGACCGACGAGCGUACAUUUGCUAAUAUCAAGCAAUGGUUUAGUACCGUGAACCAGCACGCUAAUGAUGAAGCGCAGCUGUUAUUGGUCGGUAACAAGAGCGAUAUGGACACCCGUGCCGUCUCCACCGACCAGGGUGAAACGCUCGCUAAGGAAUUGGGUAUCCCGUUCGUCGAAGCCAGUGCAAAAGACGACACCAACGUGAACGACAUCUUCUUCCUCCUGGCCAAAUUGAUCCAAGAGAAAAUUGACAGUGAGAAACUAGUGGGCAACGCGGGCCGCGACGGCAACGUCAAUGUCGGUGGUGCUGGUCAGGGAUCCAAGUCCAACUGUUGUUAA